CGUGGAAUCGCCGGGCGAGGGGCGGGAUUUCCGCAGAUUCCCGAGCGAGUCUUCUCGCGUGGCCGGUUCUUUGCUGCACCGGUCCGGAAGGAAGCUGCACGAUGCUCGCGGUGUCGUGCCGCGCCGCCAACAGAGUGCGACACACGACGACAACGAAGGCGACAACGGCGAGGUCGACGCGUCGUCGAUAACUUGCAUAAGGUUUCGGCGGAAUCUGCGAAAAGGAUUCGUUGGUGAGAGGUUUACCGAGCUUCAUGCCCGCAAGGAAAAGAGAGAGAGAGAGAGGGAAGAAGAGGACAGCCGACUCUUUUACGAUGGAUCAUUUCCCCGGACAUGCCUCGAGUACACCGACAGGAGACGACCCCGCUCGAUUCCCGCUAACCCUGCUUCGGGGAACGAGUCACUUCCGGCUUAACCUAGAGUGCAGCGCGAAGAUGUCGACGAACUGGAGGAGUCAAGAAAUCGUCAAGACGAGAAAGGCACGAAGACGUUGCGACGACGCGCGGCGGCGAAUCACGAAGAUACGAGGAAAGUGUCCGAACUCGAAUUCGCGAAUGAUAACACGUUUACGCCCGUGCACUUAAAAUCGAUCCGCGUGAGAGUAGUGUUGAGCCGGUUCGCGACGCGGCAACCGCGAUGAAUCGUGUUGUGCAGUAAGUAGUGUCCGCAAGAAGAAGAAGAAGCAGAAGACUGAUCUGGAACUGCGGCUGUCCCAUGGAGUCUCUUCCGGAUGCCGAGGAUGCCGUCGCGAGGAUCCUGCCAACGCUCGCGUCGUGAGAUGAUCGUGUGCGAGGUGCAUCGCGGACGCUGCAGCGGCUUUUGAGAAGCGACUGACCAACCUUAAGAUGUACCCCGCGCCGGCGAGACACCCAGCCCCCGGUGGCGGCGGUAGCGGCGGGGCUGCGGGCGGACUGAAAUUCACGGUGGCGGACACUUGCGACCGGAUCAAAGAGGAGUUCAGUUUCAUCCAAUCGCAGUACCACACACUGAAGAUGGAGUGCGAGAAGUUGGCCAACGAGAAAACCGAGAUGCAAAGGCAUUACGUUAUGUACUACGAGAUGUCGUAUGGCCUCAACGUCGAAAUGCAUAAACAGACGGAGAUCGCCAAGAGGUUGAACGCGAUCAUCGCUCAAGUGAUGCCGUUUCUGGCGCAAGAGCAUCAGCAGCAGGUGGCCAACGCCGUGGAGAGGGCGAAGCAAGUCACCAUGUCCGAGCUGAAUGCCAUUAUCGGACAGCAGCAACAGCAAGGUCUCCAGCAGCUAUUGCAACAGAUCCAUGCGCAGCAGCUGCCCCACGGCGCGGUGGUCGGCGGUCUUCCGCCGGGCGGCCUGCUGGGCUUCGCAGGUGCGGCCGCGGCGGCCGCAGCCGCGGGUGUACCGCCGCACUUGGCGCCGCCGCCGCAUCCCGCAGCCGCGGCUGCGGUUCAGGCACAGGCGCAGGCGCUGCUGAAACCGGCGGACCUGCAGCAGCACCGCGCGGCCGCGGAGACACCCGAGGACCGUAAGCCGAUCGCCCUGCCGGACGAGAGGCUCGGCCGCUCGGUCUCGCCGCCUGAGAAAUUUCGCAGCCGCACGCCCGACCUCGAGAGCGACCCCAAGAGGCGGAAGGAGGAGAAGCUAGGACACGAGAGCGACGCGGAGAAGAGUGACCAGGACUUGGUUGUCGACGUGGCAAAUGAGGAGGCGUCGUCGCCGCACGCGAACGGGGAGCACUCGGACCCGCGCGAGAACGGCACCCUGGAGAAGCUGGGCGCACCAGGUCACGUUGGCGGACCGACAUCCGGCGCGGGCUCGGCAUCCGUAAAGGACAGGCCUCCGUCGCGCAGCGGCAGCUCCUCCGCCCGUAGUACACCGUCUCUGAAAAGUAAAGAUGUCGACAAGCCGGGUACACCUGUGGCGGCGGCGAGGGGCUCGCGCAGUUGUACGCCAACUAUGGGCGGCAUCCCUGGGCCCUUGGGAUCGCGGGUCUAUCAUCCGCCAUCGUCGCAGCAAACGCCACCGCAGGGUUAUCAGGGCUUGCCAUCCCGCGGCAAUGAGCCGCCGCAGUCGCCCUCGCCAUACAGCAACUUGCCAUACGCGAGGCCCUCUAUGCUCGGUUUCGACAGCCACAUGAGGAUAUCCUCCAGUAACGGGCUGAGCAACGUGGCAGGCGGCAAACCGGCGUACUCCUUCCAUAUGAACGGCGAGGGCCAACUGCAGCCCGUACCAUUCCCCACGGACGCUCUAAUAGGACCGGGGAUACCGCGUCACGCACGCCAAAUUAAUACCCUGACUCACGGCGAGGUGGUGUGCGCCGUCACAAUCUCGAAUCCGACCAAGUAUGUCUACACCGGCGGCAAGGGUUGCGUCAAAGUUUGGGAUAUCGGCCAAAGUGUCGGCAGCGCCAGCGUGAAACCAGUCUCGCAACUGGACUGUCUGCAACGUGACAAUUACAUCAGAUCCGUGAAGCUACUGCCGGACGGCAGGACACUGAUAGUCGGCGGCGAGGCUAGUCAGCUGAGUAUCUGGGACCUGGCGAGCCCCACGCCGAGAAUCAAGGCGGAGUUGACCUCCUCGGCACCGGCCUGCUAUGCGUUAGCGAUCUCGCCGGACUCCAAGGUCUGCUUCAGUUGCUGCAGCGACGGCAACAUCGCCGUCUGGGAUCUGCAGAAUCAGACGUUGGUCCGGCAAUUCCAAGGGCACACUGACGGCGCCUCCUGCAUCGACAUCUCCGCCGACGGUUCGAAGCUGUGGACCGGCGGCCUCGACAACACCGUGCGUUCGUGGGACCUACGGGAGGGCAGGCAACUGCAGCAGCACGACUUCACCUCGCAGAUAUUCUCGCUGGGCUACUGCCCAACCGGCGAGUGGCUGGCGGUCGGCAUGGAGAACUCGAACGUCGAGGUGUUACAUGCUACGAAGUCCGACAAAUAUCAGCUACACCUACACGAGUCCUGCGUGCUGUCGCUACGUUUUGCGUCGUGCGGCAAGUGGUUCGUCUCCACCGGCAAGGACAACCUGCUGAACGCGUGGCGUACGCCGUACGGUGCAUCAAUAUUUCAGUCGAAGGAAUCGUCGUCGGUGCUGAGCUGCGACAUUUCCGCGGACGACAAGUACAUCGUGACCGGAUCCGGCGACAAGAAGGCCACCGUAUACGAAGUAAUUUACUAAGUCUGCUCUCUCAACAAACAGAGAGAAAGAGAGAGGGGAAAGAGGGAGAGGAAGAAAGAGAUAUUAUAUAAAUAUAUAUAUAGAGAGAGAAAGAAAGAGACUCGUAUUUUCUCCCUCGACGACGUUCGAGCCUCGCACGUGGCUUUAAUGCGUAUCCUCUUGCUGGCUAGAACGGAAGGAGAGGACGCCGAAAAGAGUUCUCCGCAAGUGAGGUUGCGAGUAGCCUCGGGACCUUAAAGCGCGACUGGUAAUUGUGUACAUAUAUGCAUACGGAUCUACAUUGUAACGGAAUUACGUUAGGAGAUAUUGGAAAAAUAUCGAUGUGCGUGCGUGUGUGUGCGUGUGUGCGCGCGUUUGUGCCGUGCAUGGAUGCGAAUGAGGAUCAACGGUGUGUAUAUUAAUAUCGUGCGCGUGUACGUGCGUGUAUGUGCGUUCUGAUUUCGCGAGCGAGAGUAUUAUUGCGGAUGUGCGCGACGAUUAUAUAGGUGCGCGAUUACGCGGACGGGACUUCUGUUUGUCGCGUGUAUACAACGAGAGAGGGAGAGGGGGAGAGGGGGGAGAGAGAGAGAGAGAGAGAGAGAGAGAGAGAGAGAGAGAGAGAGAG